AUGGUGAACAUAAUAAAGCGAGUUGGGCUCGAAAAGUUGUCACAGGCAGAGAUUCUGCUCAAAUUGACAAAGCUACAGGUUGAUUCCAGAACUGUGUGGACUGGAGUGCAGACCAAUGGAGAUGCCGUGGACUGUCUGAGUGGAGAUUUUCGAUUCAAGAACUUUGAGGACACAUGGUCGUUUUUAACAUUGGUAGCCAUGAGGUCCCAUCUCAAGGGACACCAUCCUACCAUCACCAAUACCUAUAACAGGGUAAAGAUAGAUCUCACUACCCACGACGUGAAGGGUCUUACUACCAUCGACUUUGAAAUGGCUGAAAAAUUCCAGGAGAACUUUAGGAAAUUCCAAACGAAAUCAGAUAAAUAA